AUGGAUGCCCAGCCGCGAGCCUCGCAGGCCAGCUCUCAUUUUCCUCUUGACCCUAUUUCGGGAUCCACACUCUUCGAUCUCGAGACUGCUCGGCGCCAGGGACUCACUCGCCGAGGCUUGUUCAAGACUGGAAGUAAGGAGAUUGAUGAGCAAGUCCUCGUCGGCGGGUUUGAGCGUGGCCAGGUGGUUGGAGUCAGUGCUGAGGAGGUGGACUUUGCGCUUUUGCUUGCUCUUCAAACUACCGCCCGUAACCUAGUUCUUGGUCUGGAUGGAGGCCCUGGUCUGCAUAAAGCUGCUAUAAUCACCACGCUGGCGGCACCGGUGAUCCUACCGCUGCUACGUGAUGUCGUCAAAUCACAGGUCCAAGCCAAGCUAGGGCGCGACCAUGCCAGCGUCAACGCUCACGUGCGCGAGUGUUUACGACGCAUUUCAGUCUCACGGGUAUUCGACAUUGAGGGUUUAUGGGAGGUGCUGGAUGAGCUUGAGACAGAAUCUCCUGCUCCAAGCCCAGAGACAGCCAAGGAGGACGUCAUCCCUGUCGUCGCCGAGGUGCCCGAGUCUUCGCCGCUAUCGUCACCACUUUCGUCUCCUCCAUCCUCCCCCAUAGAAGAAGGCGCUGCUUGCCGGGCUACUGAGAGAACUGAGGUACUUGAUAGCGAAGACGAGGGUGGGCUGUCGUCGUCACCUUCCGCUUCCCCAGUUCCGACCGCUGGAACGAACGCCGAUGUACAGUCGGCGCAAGUGCCAGCACCGUCACCAUCCAACCAGGAACCUGAAGGAAUGUAUAGCACCAUACCGGAAAUAAUCCUAAUCACCCACUUCUCAGACCUUCUCAGCUCUCUCUUCACCCAACGGGAUAAGUCAUCAGCACACUCCACUCUUCAAGUUCUCGCAUCUCACCUACGAUAUCUAGCCCACUCGGCAGGGCCUCUUAUAUUCCUCCUCAACGGCACAACCAACACCUCCACUGGUCCUGUCGCCAGUCAGGUUGGCACCGGUCCAACCACACCGGGCCAAGCGGGCAAGCGGCCGCCGGAGCGGCCUAUCGACCCAACGCUCCGUUCUAUUUUCAACCCGCCGCCUCCAACACACGGUGGCUACGGUUCUUCAAGCCUGACGCUAAGUCGUAGGAACAAGCCGGCCUUUGGGCUCACGUUCUCGCAAUUCCUGGAUUUGCACCUCUUGUGCACGCGUCUGCCGAGAGCACGUGCGGAUGCCGAGGCCGCGUUCGCGCCCACCGUCUCUCACGUGAAUGGCACAAGCAGGGUCAAGUACGCUUGGGCUGUUGAGGUGCUGCUGGACGAGAGCAGAGUCUGGGAUGGCGGUGGUAUGCGAGUGGACCGGGAACAGAGGUGGGGGGCUGUGGACAUCAAUAAUGGUGUCAAGAUUGUCGAUGCCUUCCAGAAAGAAGAGAAGCACUACUUGACAGAACCCAUCAGGCUCGCUGCUGGGUUUGGUGGUCGUAGGGUCUAA